AUGAAAUAUUUCAUGACAAUUAUUACUAUACUCUUUUUUAAUCCUAUUCAUGGACAAUACAAUUAUGAUGAUGAAGAGUUUACACAUCUGAUUGUCGGUGGUUAUCGCAUUAAGGAUAGUACAUUAUCAAAAUUUAUAGUUUCUGUCAGAUCAGGGGAGUUCACAAUAUCUGAUGGUGACAAUGAUAUAUGCGGAGGCGCUGUUAUAUCCAGGAAGAGUGUCAUCACAGCCGCCCAUUGUCUAGUAGACGUAAAAACCAAUAUAAAAACUCCAGUUGAUAAGAUGUAUGUAGUUGCUGGGUCAAAACAACGCUUGAAGUCUACAAAAGCAACGCAAAAAAUAUAUGUAAAAUCAUCAAUUGUCCAUCCAAUGUAUUCAUCAACUGGUCAUAUUGCAGAUAUAGGUAUUCUGCGUAUGAUGAAGAGUUUUGUAUUUGAUGGUACAACUGUGGCGCCAAUACCUCUAGCGAAAGUUACACCGUACCCUUACACUCAAUGUACCACGGGUGGAUGGGGUUCUGUUUAUUAUCAUGGUCCAAGUCCAGACCUCAUUUUGUUCGCUGACCUGCAAAUAUUAAGUCAGAGUGCUUGUCGAUCACUUAUACCCCAUUAUGAGUUUGGUAUGAUAUGUGCGAAAAAUUUUAAAGCUCCUGAAAUGGAUGCUUGUCAGGGAGAUUCAGGGGGUCCACUUAUCUGCGGAUACCGUUUAUGUGGAGUCGUUUCCUUUGGCUACGAUUGCGGUGAUAGUUUCCCGAGCGUCUACACUGACAUUGCUCACUACCGAGAGUGGAUUAUAGAAAAUUCUGCAACAAUGCCAAACUAUUAUUUAUGUAAACUCGAAUUCAUUCCACUAUUAUUAGGUAUAUUGGUGCAAAAUUUUUACGAUUGAGUAAAGGUUUGAACGAAGUGCAAACAUAAUUAUUAAUUACUACUGCAAUAAUAUAUUUGCAAGUAUAUUAAUUAUACCAUCUUAACAUCGUAAGGUGGUGACU